UUUUUUUUUUUUUUUUAAGUCUCCUGUAAAUUUUGGAAAUGUAGGACUAUCAGCAAAGGAAGUGCGAUUAGAAUGGUGAAGUCGCACAGGCAGUAGCGCACAAGUUUCGAAGUAGCAAAGCUACAUUUCACAAUUCACAUGCUCUGCCCCUUUUUGUUGCUUCCUCCAUUCCAAUGCUUCUUAUUAUCCGCAUCACACCUCUUUCUCUUUCUGCAAUUUGAAAUCCAACACACGUUUCUGGCUCUCUAAAUCCUUUUUGUCACUGAGAAAUGGAGAGCAGUGAAGAAGACGAUGACUUCCCAUCCAUCGAAAGCAUUACUCCUCAGUCUAAGACCGAUUCCCUUUAUCAAUCUCAUACUGAAAAGGGAAUCAGAAGACUUUGCUGUGAGCUAUUGGAUUUGAAGGAUGCUGUAGAGAAUCUUUGUGGCAAUAUGCAGACGAAAUAUUUAGCUUUCUUGAGAAUAUCUGAAGAAGUAGUUGAAAUGGAGCAUGAGCUGGUUGAGCUACGAAAGCAUAUCUCCACUCAGGGGAUUCUUGUUCAGGAUUUGUUGACUGGGGUUUGCCGUGAGCUGGAAGAGUGGAACCAUAAUGGUGAUAUUGAUGAUUCUAAGCAAGAUUCUGAAGUAGAUGUCUUGCAAUCCCCUUUGUCGAGUGAUACAGAUGAUCUCAAGGCGAAAUUCUUGGACAAUAUUGACAUACUCUUAGCGGAGCAUAACCUAGAAGAAGCAAUAGAGGCUUUUGAUGCUGAAGAGAAAAAAUUUCCAGAGCUCAAAGUAUCGGGAGAUGUUUUAUCAACUGAAGAACCUUCCUAUAAAUCCACCUUUUUGAAGAGAAAAUCAGUGCUUGAGGACCAGCUAAUUGAGAUCGCAGAACAGCCUUUGGUUGGCAUUUUGGAGUUGAGGAAAGCUUUAUCUGGUCUAAUCAAGCUGGGGAAGGGUCCUUUGGCACAUCAAUUAUUUCUGAAGUCAUAUGCUACCCGUCUCCAAAAGAGCAUUGAUGCUUUGCUUCCAUCAAGUUCUGUGUGCCCCAAAAUAUUUCCUGCCACACUAUCUAGGCUUAUCUUCUCAAUAAUCUCGUUGACAACAAAAGAAUCCGGUUCCAUAUUCGGUGAUAAUCCUUUAUAUACCAAUAGAGUUGUCCAAUGGGCAGAAUGGGAAAUAGAAUAUUUUGCACGGUUGGUGAAGGAAAAUGCCCCUGCUUCAGAGACAGUUUCAGCAUUAGGUGCAGCUAGCAAUUGUGUUCAGGCUAGCCUUAACUACUGCUCAAUGUUGGAAUCAAAGGGUUUAAAACUGUCAAAGUUGCUUUUGGUACUCUUACGUCCAUACAUUGAAGAGGUUUUAGAGCUGAAUUUUAGAAGAGCCAGAAGAGUAGUCCUCGACAUGGCAGAAACUGAUGAGAGCUUACUAUUGUCCCUGCAUUCUGCAUCUCCAUUAUCUAUGUUUGCAACAUCGACAGAUAGUGUGCUUGUUGACAGUGGAAUGCGAUUCAUGGACAUUAUUGAUGAUAUAUUGGCACAGCUAACCCCGCUGGCUGUUUUGCAUUUUGGAGGAAACGUAUUGACUAGAAUAUCACAGCUGUUUGAUAAGUACAUGGAUGCGCUGAUUAAAUCUUUACCAGGCCCCUUGGAUGAUGACCAUUUUACAGAGCUGAAGGAGGAUAUACAUUUUAGAGCUGAAACAGAUUCAGAACAGCUUGCACUUUUGGGGAUGGCAUUUACCAUUCUUGAUGAAUUAUUACCACUUGAUGUAACAAAAGUUUGGAGCCUGAAGGAUGAAAGCAAUGAAUUAACAAGUGAAAGUAUAGUGCCUAAUGCAAGCAUUACCGCAGAAUUAAAGGACUGGAAGCGCCAUCUUCAGCACUCAUUUGACAAGCUUAAAGAUCACUUCUGUCGGCAAUAUGUUUUGAGUUUCAUCUAUUCAAGAGAAGGAAAAACACGUUUAAAUGCUCAGAUUUAUUUAAAUGGAGAUGGAGAGGAUUUGUUGUUUGAUGAUCCUCUACCUUCAUUGCCAUUUCAGGCAUUAUUUGCAAAACUACAGCAACUAGCAACCAUUGCUGGAGAUGUAUUACUUGGGAAAGACAAAAUACAGAAAAUUUUACUUGCUAGACUAACGGAGACAGUUGUAAUGUGGUUGUCGGAUGAACAAGAAUUCUGGGGUGUGUUUGAGGAUGAAUCAAUUCCACUUAAGCCACUUGGGUUGCAGCAGUUAAUUCUUGAUAUGCAUUUCACUGUUGAAAUUGCACGAUUUGCGGGUUACCCGUCUCGACAUGUCCACCAGAUUGCAUCAGCCAUAAUUGCUCGAGCAAUCAGGACCUUUUCAGCAAGAGGCGUAGACCCUCAAAGUGCUCUACCCGAGGAUGAGUGGUUUGUUGAAACUGCAAAGUCAGCCAUCAACAAACUUCUGUUAGGAACAUCUGGAUCAGACACAUCUGAGAUUGACGAGGACCAUGUUAUUUUGCAUGGCAAGAUUGCCUCAGAUUCUGAGGACGUUUCUUCCCUUUCAACUGUAGAAUCCUUUGAAUCUUUUGUUUCUGCAAGUAUGGGUGAACUUGAUAGCCCUGCAUACUUCACUGAUCCUGAGAGUUAGAAAGUUUGAACUACAUAACUUCAGGUUGUCAUGGUAGUGAUCUUUGGACGGUAGCCUAAUUUUUUUUAUUCUUAUGUCAGAUCAUCGAUCCAUUCUGAUAAAAAUUUUGAGUGCAGAUUUGGGUCAUGAUUUUUAGGAAUUUCUAGGAAGUAUACAAGCAAAUGUUGUAGUUGCUCAUAUUGUAGAAUCCAAUUCAUAGUGUUUGAGUGUAAUGGUAGAUUGUGUUAUCAUGUUUUAAGUAAGAACAGUUUUGUAGUUGCUCUA